AUGAAAGGAAUUGUUUUAUUUGGUUUAUUGGUGGUAGCAGCGACAGUGCUAGCUAAAAAUGUUCGCCACAGGAGAGAAGCUGAUCUUGAAGAAGCCGCAUCACAUCUUUGGGAAAAAGGAUCUGGUGGUAAACACCAUGGGAGUCAUCAUAGCGAAAUAGGUGGAUCUGACGAGAAAGGCUAUAAGGGCUAUCACACCCAAGACUCCGGCAAAAAAGGUCACACCCUUCAUGAGGGAAACAAAGGGUAUUUCGGAGAAAGUGGAGGCCAUAAAAAAAACCAUCACCACGACGAUGGGUACUUUGACGAACAUCAUAGUGGAGAAAAGGGCGAAAAAGGACACAGCUUCGAAGAAAAGGGGCAUUUUCAUAAAGGACACUCCACCAAGGGUCACCAUGGAAUUCAUAAAUUAGACGAGUUCAAGAAAGACAAACACUUCCAUGAUAAACAUGGUGAAUCAGGUUUUGAUGAAGGCUACGGUGGUUAUCACCAGGAAGGUGGUUACAAAAAGGGAGGCGACUUCCAUAAAGGGCACAGUGUAGGCGAUUUCUAUGAAAAAGGAUAUGGGGAAAAAGUACAUCACGAAAAAGGAGGUCACCACCAUGAAGAAAAAGGUCAUAAAGAUGAAGGUGGCAACGACGAAUACUGGGGGCAGCGUGCAGAACACGGUAGCAAAGGAUCUCAUGAGGACCACAAAGGUUGGGGCUGGAAGGGACUUUAA